CCAGGCUGUGAAGGAAUCACAGGUGGAUGAGAUUAGAUUGGUGACCGGGUCCGCUGAGUCCGCAGCACUCAGACUACGUGUUCCUCUGCAGCAGGUGCAGGCCCAGCAGUCACCAUUUCUGAUAACUUCCAUAUGGAUUCUGAUGGCAGUGACUCUUCAGACUCAGAGUCUGAUCUCCUAUUGGGCUUUCUGGACAGUCUGGACCCAGAGGUGUUUCUCAGAUGUGCUGAUUCAGAGUCAACGUGCCUGGAAAAGCUGGAGGAAGAGAUCUGUGGAGAAACAAAUUCCAUAUCACCCUCCCCCUCUGCCUCUUUGGGGUCCCCAUCAGCUAAGUUGGAGGCCAUUAAUGAACUGAUAAGGUUUGAUCAUGUGUACACAAAGCCUCUGAUACUGGAGAUUCCUGUUAAAAUGGGCAACCAAACCAAUAUGCUAGUGAAAAUUGAGGAAGUGUCUCUCUCUCCAUCUGAAGACAAAGCUAUCCCUGAGGUCCCAGUAUCUGUGAAAGAGGAACCUGUAGACAGCUUCAUGCCUGAACUGGGCAUCUCUCAUCUGCUUUCCUCUCAUCGUAGCCUUGCAGCCUCCAGCUAUCUGUUGGAUGCCUGUAGUGACUCUGGAUAUGAAGGAUCCCUGUCUCCCUUCAGUGACUUGUCCUCUCCACUUGACACUGAGAAUGCUUGGGAUGAUAGCUUUGCCAAUGAACUCUUUCCCCAGCUGAUCAGUGUCUAACUCGGCAGUGUGAACUCCCCCUGGAUAACCCUCCUGGCAGGAUAAUGGGAUGUCCCCCUUCGGGGUGGGUGAGGGAAGUCAAGUGUGUCCAGGGAGUUGCUCACUUCUACCCAUGCUAGUAGAUGGAGUGAUGGCCAGUGCAUUUCUGCUGGU